AUGGUGUAUUCCUGGCAAGGAAACUCGGGAUCCCGGCGCCUGCUGCUUUCUCUUCUGAUCCUCGCAGCCUGGGAGGCGGGGAGCGGCCAGCUCCACUACUCGGUUCCCGAGGAGGCCAAACACGGCACCUUUGUGGGACGCAUCGCCCUGGACCUGGGGCUGGAGCUGGCGGAGCUGGUGCCGCGCCUGUUCCGGGUGGUGUCCAAAGGCCGCGGAGAACUUCUGGAGGUGAAUCUGCAGAAUGGCAUUUUGUUUGUGAAUUCUCGGAUCGACCGGGAGGAGCUGUGCGGGCUGAGCGCGGAGUGCAGCAUCCACCUGGAGGUGAUCGUGGACAGGCCGCUGCAGGUGUUUCAUGUGGAGGUGGAGGUGAAGGACAUUAACGACAACCCGCCGGUGUUCCCGUUAAAAGAACAAAAGCUGUUUGUUUCAGAAUCCAGAAUGCCAGACUCACGGUUUCCGCUAGAGGGCGCGUCCGAUGCAGAUAUUGGAGCUAACUGCGUUUUAACCUAUAAGCUUAGCUCUAAUGAUUACUUCACGCUAGAUGUGAAUUCAAAGAACGACGAAAAUAAAUUGGUUGAGCUUGUGUUAAGGAAACCCUUGGACAGAGAGGACGCUUCGGCACACAACUUAUUCCUGACAGCCACUGACGGAGGCAAACCAGAGCUCACGGGCACUGUUCAGCUGCUGGUCACCGUGCUGGAUGUGAACGAUAACGCUCCCACUUUCGAACAGUCUGAAUAUGAAAUAAGAAUAUUUGAAAACUCAGACAAUGGAACAACAGUUAUCAGACUGAAUGCUUCUGAUCAGGAUGAAGGAGCGAAUGCGGCAAUUUCGUACUCUUUUAAUAGCCUUGUUUCAACCAUGGUUACCGACCAGUUUAGCAUAGAUCCAAAUACUGGAGAAAUAGUAGUUCAAGGUAAUUUGGAUUUUGAACAAGUAAAUUUAUACAAAAUCCGCAUUGACGCGACGGACAAAGGUCACCCUCCGAUGGCAGGUCACUGCACUGUUUUAGUGAGAAUUUUGGAUAAAAAUGAUAAUGCCCCUGAGAUUGCAUUGACUUCCUUAUCCUUGCCUGUCCGAGAGGAUGCUCAAUUCGGUACUGUCAUUGCCCUAAUUAGCGUGAACGACCUUGACUCAGGUGCCAACGGAAGGGUUACGUGCUCCCUGACGCCCCACAUCCCUUUCAAGCUGGUGUCCACCUUCAAGAAUUACUAUUCCCUGGUGCUGGACAGUCCCCUGGACCAUGAGAGUGUGUCAGCUUAUGGGUUGGUAGUGACAGCGCGGGACGGGGGCUCGCCUUCACUGUGGGCCACCGCCAGCGUGUCCGUGGAGGUGGCCGACGUGAACGACAACGCGCCAGUGUUCCCACAGCGCGAGUACACGGUGUUCGUGAAGGAGAACAACCCGCCAGGCUGCCACAUCUUCACGGUGUCGGCGCGGGACGCGGACACUCAGGAGAACGCGCGGGUGUCCUACUCGCUGGUGGAGCGGCGGGUGGGCGAGCGUGCGCUGUCGAGCUACGUGUCGGUGCACGCGGAGAGCGGCAAGGUGUACGCGCUGCAGCCGCUGGACCACGAGGAGCUGGAGCUGCUGCAGUUCCAGGUGAGCGCGCGCGACGCGGGAGUGCCACCUCUGGGUAGCAACGUGACGCUGCAGGUGUUCGUGCUGGAUGAGAACGACAACGCACCAGCGCUGCUGACGCCUCGAGUGGGUGGCACUGGCGACGCAGUGAGUGAGCUGGUGUCGCGGUCGGUGGGCGCGGGCCACGUGGUGGCGAAGGUGCGCGCGGUGGAUGCGGACUCUGGCUACAACGCGUGGCUGUCGUAUGAGCUGCAGGCAGCAGCUGGAAGCGCUCGCAGCCUGUUCCGCGUGGGUCUGUACACGGGCGAGAUUAGCACGACGCGCACCCUGGAUGAGGCUGAUGUGCCGCGCCAGCGCCUGCUGGUGCUGGUGAAGGACCACGGCGAGCCGGCGCUGACCGCCACGGCCACCGUGCUGGUGUCGCUGGUGGAGGGUGGCCAGGCACCAAGGGCUUCUUCAAGGGCAUCGGCGGGCGUUAUGGGCCCGGAGGCGGCGCUGGUGGAUGUCAACGUGUACCUCAUCAUCGCCAUCUGCGCCGUGUCCAGCCUGCUGGUGCUCACGCUGCUGCUGUACACGGCGCUGCGGUGCUCAGCGCCGCCCAGCGAGGGCGCGUGCGGGCCGGGCAAGCCCAGGCUGGUGUGCUCCAGCGCGGUGGGGAGCUGGUCAUACUCGCAGCAGAGGCGGCAGAGGUGUGCUCUGGGGAGGGCCCGCCCAAGACCGACCUUAUGGCCUUCAGCCCUAGUCUGCCACCGUGUCUGGGAUCAGGGGAUGUAG